AUGACGACCAUCGCGGUUGUGUCAGGCGAAAAUGCCGCGGCCAACCCAACCGAGUCAGACUCCAAGACGACGUUCAAUGUCGGGACUAGAAAAUCCAAACUCGCUCUGGUCCAGACAGAUAUGGUCGUUCAGGCAUUGGCAGCGGCCUGUCCCGAGUACGUCUACGCCAUCAAGGCGCGAGAUACUGCAGCAGGGGACAUUGACAAAAUCACGCCCUUCAAGGAUAUGCCCGUCAAGAACAUUUGGACCCACGAAUUGGAGACACUCAUGAUGGAGGGACAGUUGGAUUUCCUGGUUCACUCACUCAAAGACGUUCCCACUCAGCUACCUUCAGGUUGCGAGGUAGGCGCGGUGCUGGAGCGAGGAGAUCCAAGAGACGCCUUCGUCAUCAAAGCUGGAAGAAAAGCUUGCAACAUACAGGAUCUCCCUGCUGGGUCAGUCGUAGGAACUUCCUCCAUCCGACGAACUGCCCAGAUUUCACUCAAAUAUCCACAUCUUCGGGUGGUCGACGUCAGAGGUAAUGUGGGAACUCGCUUAGCUAAGCUCGAUGCUGAGGAUGGACCUUUUGAUGCUUUAAUUCUCGCCGCUGCCGGACUCAUUCGCCUUGGGCUCGGCGAUCGGAUCACUCAGUAUUUAGAUUCCAAAAACGGUGGAAUGCUCCAUGCCGUUGGACAGGGAGCUAUUGGCAUCGAGAACAGAUCGUCCGACGAUCGGGUGCAGGGCAUGUUGAACCUAAUCGAUCAUCAACGGACUCACCUUGCUACAGCAACCGAGCGCAGCCUCUUGAAGACCAUAGAAGGAGGAUGCAGUGCUCCGCUGGGGGUGGAGACGGCAUGGGAAGAUGGUGGCUCCCUUCUUCGAAUGCAAGCACUCGUGGUCAGCACAGACGGCAAAGAAAAGGCCGAAAUCGACAUGACCGAGAAGGUCCAGAGUCGGGAGGACGCGGAAAUGUUCGGAAUCAAUGCUGCGACUGAACUGCUUCGCAGGGGUGCGGACAAAAUUCUCGCAGAUAUCAAAGCGAAGCGGCCUACCACCGUCGCAGACCUUCAAGAGACGUGA